GGUAUUUAAGCAACCCGCAAACCUUGCAAGGUCAUUCGUUUCCCUCUCUAGCUUGGCUUGCUCACUCUCACUGGAUAAGCCUCAAAGAACUCUCGAAUCUUCCAUUUACAAGCUUUCUAUGGCUUUAGGAUUUCAAUCAGACUAAAGCCUGUCGUGCACUCAGAAAAUGAAUUUUCCAGCUACUUUUCGCAUAUCACAGUGCAGCUCUUGCUGCGAUCUCCGUUUUCAGCCCUACUUUGCUUUCUCGACUGGUUCUUGGAAGCAACCUUGUCGUUGGAGCACCUCGAAGUCGAAGUUGUACCAGAUUUCUAGACCUCGUGGGAAGCGAGAGAUUUCCUGUAGAGCGACUGAGACACAGACUGAACCAGAUAGCAAUGAGGAUAAGGACAAAGAAGUGCGUGAAGAUGAGGUUUCACCUUCCAUUGAUUCCUCUGUGGAAGAUAACUCUCAGCUUGAUUCUCGGCCUUUUCUUGCGGAACAAAUAAGCAAUAAUGAUGAGGAAACUCCGACUCAAGGUGCUGUCCAGGAUGUUGAUAGUGUAGAAGUUGCAAGCGGAUCUCCUCUGCCAGGUGUGAAGCCACAGCAACUGGAUGAAUUGAUCAGGAUACCGAAGGAAACAAUUGAAAUUCUCAAGAAUCAAGUAUUUGGCUUUGAUACAUUUUUUGUGACCAGCCAAGAUCCGUAUGAGGGUGGAGUGUUGUUUAAAGGAAACCUGCGAGGGCAGGCAGCUACAAGUUAUGAAAAGAUAGCAAAGCGACUGCAGGAUAAAUUUGGGGAUGCAUAUAAGCUUUUUCUUCUAGUAAAUCCCGAGGAUGAUAAACCCGUGGCAGUCGUAGUUCCAAGGAAGACAUUGCAGCCAGAAACAACGGCUGUCCCAGAGUGGUUUGCUGCUGGGGCCUUUGGAUUGGUCACAGCGUUUACCUUACUGCUUCGGAAUGUCCCUGCACUGCAGUCCAACUUAUUAUCAACUUUUGACAAUCUCGACUUGUUAAAGGAUGGACUUCCUGGAGCAUUAGUAACUGCGCUUCUCCUGGGGGCACAUGAACUUGGCCACAUUUUAGUUGCAAAAAGCACUGGAAUUAAGCUUGGGGUGCCAUAUUUUGUUCCCAGUUGGCAGAUAGGCUCUUUUGGUACCAUUACAAGGAUUACAAAUAUUGUACCCAAGCGAGAAGAUCUUCUGAAGGUUGCAACAGCAGGCCCAUUAGCCGGGUUUUCACUUGGUCUUUUUCUUUUGCUUUUAGGGUUCAUCGUACCACCUAAUGAUGGUAUUGGCGUCCUUGUUGAUGCUUCUGUAUUUCAUGAAUCAUUUCUCGCCGGGGGUAUUGCGAAGCUGGUUCUUGGCAAUGUGCUCAAGGAAGGCAGUACCAUAUCUGUUAAUCCUCUCGUGCUAUGGGCAUGGGCUGGACUCCUAAUUAAUGCCAUUAACAGUAUUCCGGCAGGAGAGGUUGAUGGGGGAAGAAUAUGUUUCGCCAUAUGGGGAAGAAAGGCUUCAUCUCGCUUCACGGCUGCCUCUAUUGCACUGCUUGGACUAUCCUCACUAUUUAAUGAUGUGGCAUUUUAUUGGGUAGUUCUGAUAUUCUUCUUACAGAGAGGGCCAAUUGCUCCACUUUCAGAGGAAAUAACUGAUCCUGAUGAAAAGUACAUUGCCCUUGGAGUACUAGUUUUGGCUUUAGGUUUGUUGGUAUGCUUACCAUACCCCUUUCCCUUUACAGAUGAAGCGAUCACCAGUCCAUUUUUGUAGUAUUUGUCUUAGAACCCAAAUGUAUUUGUUGGACAAAAAUUAUACUUUGAAAAAAAUGUUCGAUAUUUUUUAUUUAUUUCAUCAAUUAG